CAUAGAUAUAUGUGAUAUGCAGGUUGCAGAAAGCGCCAAAAUCGGAUACCAAUCGCCGGAAGCAACGGAAGCAGAAACAACAGAAGAAGAAAAACAAAAACUUCCGGGUUACUCAAAUAAAACGGAAGACGACGGUAGCGCUUUGAAAGAUGGCAGCGCACACGCAAAAGAAUCACAAACCUGGGGGGAAAUCUGGUGGGAAAGAGGCUCAACCUUUGAUUAUCGCCAAAACUCCUGCUGAGGAGCAGCGUCUGAAGUUGGAGAGGUUGAUGCGGAACCCCGAUAAACUUGCUCCAAUUCCGGACCGACCGAAAGAAUGGAACCCGCGGGCUCCACCAGAGUUUGUCCGCGACGUGAUGGGCUCCAGCGCCGGCGCGGGCAGUGGGGAGUUCCACGUUUACCGGCACCUCCGCCGCAGGGAGUACCAGAGGCAGGACUUUCUGGACAAGAUGUCAGAGAAGCAAAACAAGGACGAGCAAUAUCUGGAGAAGAUCGACAAGAACAAAGAGGCAGCGGACGAGAGAACGGCCAAACGGAGGAAGAAGCGGGAGAAGCUAAAGCAGAAGAAGCGCCUGGCGAAGCAAGCGAAGCUAGAAGCUAAAAACAAAAGCGGAGACGACGGCGGCAAAAGCUCGGAGAGCAGCGAAGAAUCGGGCGAGGCAGAAGAGGAAAGAGAGGCAGAGGAUGAUGCCGAGGCCCCGAGCUUCAUCAUGGGAAGGAAGUGACCAGGACACGUUUCUUGUGGAAGGAGAUCACAGAACAGCUGUACGGACAAAUAUUGGCCCAGAGUGACUGUCUAUUAGGCAAAUACAUCUAGAGUGCUGAUUUCAAACGGGCAGUGGUGAAAGAAAAGACUCAAUUCAUCCAUUAAUCAACAAGGCGUUUAUUUGUUGAAAACGUGGCUAUUUUAUAUAUUGUAAGUGUUUUAAUAAAAAUCAGACUGUACAGAA